CAGUUUCAACAUGGCAGCAGAGGAGAACAAUACCGUCACAAUGGAGAAGAAAAUCCACGGCGGCGACAAGUUUUCCGGUGCCGGAAGUUAUGCAUGCGGCUUCUUGCCGCCUAUUGUCGCCGGCGAUAUCUCCACAAUGCAGAAUUUGGCCGGACGGAGUUACUAUGAUGGGAAGGAUAGCUUCUAUGAAAAGCUUAACAAGCUGAACGAGUCCUCUGGGCUUAGUCUAGUCUUUAACUUAAGUCAAGCAAACCUGGAUUUGCAUCUUUUCUAUGAAGAAGUCAUUAAAAGAGGUGGAUUUAAUCAGGUCACCAAAGAUGCGAUGUGGGGUGAAGUUGCAUGUACAUUGCAUGUGAAAAGCAAUAUCACAAUGUUUCCGACUCAACUUCAGAAGGUGUACGAGAAUCUCCUCCUUCAAUUUGAGCAACUGUAUUACUAUCGAAGUAGAGAAAAAGGAACCAUGCAACCACCUAGUCAAGUUUCUGAUGCUGCUAGGCUAGAACCAGUAAAAGGUUCUGCAGAUAGGUCAGAGGACUCCACGGGGAAGAGAAAAUUUUGUGAUCGGUCAUCUCCCGUGAUAACUUUGCACUCUAAUGAUAGGGACGGUCCAGUAGAAAAAAGGAAGCGCAAGAAUGAUAGUAGUCUAGUUUCGACAGUAGGGCCAGAGACACCAGAGCAAAAAUCUCAGAGUUCAUCAACCAACAAGUAUCUGAAGAAAGACCCCGGUGCUCCAAUAAGAGGAAGGAGUUCAUAUCAGAUGUACGUCAAGUUGGAAUGUGAAAGACUAAAGAAAGUACUUGGGGAGAGUUCUGGUUCUAAGAAAAUCAGAGAUAUGGCCAUUAAUGCCUGGAAGACUCUGUCUGAAAAUGACAAAGAGCCUUAUAUUGAAGCAAGUAAGCUGGAUAAGGAAAGAUAUAUCCGAGAAAUGGCUGCUUAUGAACAGCAUAAGAACAUGGAAACGACAAAAAAUCCAAACUUGCACAGGGGUUUGGCCCCGAGUAUGAUCAACUUUGGUGCACCUUCAGGAAUUGAUCAUGGGUUAAUUGUGACUUCGCAAGCUGAUACUAGAAACAACAUUGUCCCUGAUGCAUCCUUUAUUGAGUCGACAGUACAAAUAUCGAAUAAUGGUAAGACAAGUAACCCCAUAUUUCAGAUGGAUUGGGGCUAUUUUGCCUAGUCAAUCCUAGGCAAAGUUUCAGUUGCUACUUUAGUGGGUUUUUGGAAGAUAUUUAUAGCUUUCUAUCUGAAAGUACCUUAUAACCUUAGCAUGUUGUUUUGAAGAUGUAUAUAGCUUCUAGUCUUUGUAAAUUAGCGUGUCAAGAAGCAGCAUUUCUAGGUUCUAUAGGGAUGUGCACAUGAAAAUGCAGUUGAUCGCUGCCUGCAAAUUUUGUAAAAGCGUCCAUGUGCUCUUCUGGUUAUGGGAAGUUCCCACAGAUUGUGUAUAAGCGACACACUUUUGCUUCUCUGCAAGUAAUGUAUAUUGGUAGGGAUCUGUUUUUCACAUUAGUAGUGUA